CCCUACCUUGUGCGGGCAUCAUGCGCACUCACACCGGAGUGCACGGUGGAGCGGAGGCGGCAGCUUUGGAGUGAGCUCGCCGCCCUGCUGAACACAGAGGGCCCGGCCGCCAAGACAGCCGAACAGUGGCAGGUCUUUUGGCGGAAAGAAGUAUUUCUUUCCCGUCGAGAUGCCGCCGCAGCUUCCGCAAGUCAAAGGUGAGUGCGAGGAGCGGUUCUGUUGCUCGCGAUAUUUACAAUGCUGUCCGUAAUUGCAGCGGCACGGGUGGUGGCCGUCUGCCCGGCCUUCGUGGCCGUGUCAUCGCCCUAGUGGGCACCUCCACGGUGACCGGAGUGUGCGAGCCGUUCUACCAACCGCUCGACGAGCCCGCCAUGGAGGUGACCGUGCAAUCUGUGGGCACCACCGCUGGAACAAGCGGCCUUUCACGUGAAGGAGCACUGCAGCAGCCAGGAGUGGUCGCUGUUGAGCCACUGCCCCGAAGCCCUCCAGCCACUGCACAGCCUGCAGCUGGCCCUGGCGGAGUGAGAACCAGCUACCAACCCCGGGUGCAGCGCCGGUCUCGAGGCCCUCGUCGGGUGUCCCACCGAGAGGCCUUGGUUGAACGGCUCGCGGAUGACUACGCCAGAACCGUCGCACAGAAUGACGAGACAAACGAAGGCGUAGACCGGCUGGCUGCAGCUACUGAGCGGGUCGUGGCUGCUGUGGAGCGGCAGGCCGACCAAGUAGCGGAGGCACUGCGGCCAGUGGGGCAGCUUUCGCAGCUCUUGGGCCAACUAAUGCAGGAGGCACUGGCUGCAAGGAGGGAAUAG